UCUGCCUUUCCCUAGAUGGCGGCCGCGCCCUUCCCAAGAUGGCGGCCCCGCCUUUCCCUAGAUGGCGGCCUCGCCCUUCCCCGCCCUCCCCAAGAUGGCGUCCGGAAGCGGUCUCGCCGCAUUUCCGGCCUGCCCCACAGCGUGGCCUUCCUUUUCACGAUGGCGGCGGCCGCGGGCUCCUCGUCGUUCCUGGGCCUGGGCCCCGGGAGCCGGGAUCCCGCCGCCGCCCGCCGCCGCUCCCGCGGGCCCCGCAACCGCAAGAAGGGCUGGAAGCGCUGGGCCGGCCCCGAGGCGCGGCUGGGCCGCGAAAUCGGCGAUUUCCUAGAGGACGUGGCGCUGCAGCAGCGGGCGACGGGGGGGCUGAUCGCGGAGCAGCCGGACGAGGGGCUGUUCUUCCUGGACACGGGCGACGCCGAGAAGGACCGGCGGCUGAACAAGGGGAGGGAGAAGCCGCUGCACGCAGACCUGGUGCUGCAGCCCGACUCCAAGGUGCCGGCCCCCAAAAACAUUCUGGCCCACCAGGUCCCCAACGGGCGCAAGGAGCGGCGGCGGCGCGAGUUUUGGGAGAAACGGGCCGAAAAGGGGGUUCUGCCCCGCGCCGAGCGGCGCCUGCGAGCGCGGCUGCAACGGGGGGGGCCCCCGCCGCGGAAAACCCCCGAAAACGGCCGCUCGGACCCCGAAAGAGGCUUCUACGACAUCUGGGCCGCUGAUAACCCCCUGGAGCGGGCGCUGGCGGGGCAGGACGGCUGGUUCCUGCAGCAAACCAAGAAGCAGAGGGUGAAGCGUCCCGCCAGGCUGGGGACGAAGCCGUCGCAGGUCCCCGCCGUGGAGGUCAUCGCCGCCGGCGGCUCCUACAACCCCACCUUUGAGGACCACCAGGCGCUGCUGCUGCGGGCGCACGAGGUGGAGCUGAGGAAGAAGAGGGCGGAGGACAAGGUGGAGCGGCAGCUGCGGAUCCCGGCCGGCACUCAGCUCCCCACCGCGGAGACGGUUUUCCAGGAGCAGUGCGAGGGGCUGCUGGAGGAGUCGGGGGACGAGGGGGACGCGGGCGGGGACGCGGUGGCACCGGCAGAGCCGCAGGACGCCCCGGUAACGGCGCCGCGGCGGGAGAAGAAGACGGAGCAGCAGCGGCGGCGGGAGAAGGAAGCGCGAGCCCUGGAGGCCCAGCAGCGCCGGGAGAAGGCGGCGCGGUGCCGGCGGCAGCAGCUGUUCCGCCUGCGCUCGCUGCGGCAGCAGCUGCGGCGCUGGGACGAGGAGCUGCUGCGGCGCCGGCAGUUGCGCUUGGCCAAGCGCCGCGCCAAGGACGCACUGCCCCGGCGCCUGGGACCCCUCAAGUACGAGGAGCCCAGCCUGGAGGUGCAGCUGAGCGACGAGCUGGCUGAGUCCCUGCGCACCCUCAAGCCCGAGGGCAGCGUCCUGCGUGACCGCUUCAAGAGUCUGCAGAAGAGGAGCCUGAUUGAGCCGCGGGAGAGGGCCAAGUUCAAGAGGAGAUACCGCCAGAAAUACGUGGAGAAAAGAGCCUUCCGGGAAGUGACGUUGUAACCACGGAUCCUGCCCCCCCCGCAGCGCCACAGCCCAAUAAAACCAUUUGCACCCGC